AUGGAUUAUCAGAAAUUAUUUAGUGUCAUUCCUAAAGAACCUCGAAGAUGGAAUUAAUGUGAUGUUGAAUCAUGGUUGGAAUUUAUUGGAUUACAUGAUUUAUCAAAUGUUUUUUGUAAAGAUUUGAUAAUAAUAAUUAAUAGAAAGAAAUGCCAUAGAUGGGGCUUGUUUAGAAGUAUUGAAUGAAGAUGAUUUGAAUGAAUUGGGCAUUAAUUCUAAUGUUAAAAAGAAGAAAAUUUUAUAAUGGAUUCAAAAUGGAUUUAUAGAAUAUAAAUAAUUUGUUAGAGAUAAUGUAGGCUAAAGUGAAUGGUCAAUUGCAAGCAAAUAAAUAAUCAAUAAAGAAAAUCUUGAUUACACACCAAUUUAGAGAUUAAAUGAUUUCAAGCCAAGAAGAGAUAGCUUUUAAGAUAAUCAUAAAGUUGAAUUGGUUGAAUCAAUGAAAGUAGUUGAAGCUCCUCAAAUCUUGAAACAACCAAAAUAAAAUUUAGAAGCUACAAAGAUUCCAUCAUAUCCAAAUUCAAUUAAGCAGACAGAAAUAAAGCAUACAAUGGAAAUUGUUUGCAUAGGUGAUAAUUAGAAGAUGAUUGUUACAGAGAAAGGAUUGAGUAUUGGAAGAAAUCCUGAAAAUACUUUAGUAUUAGUGGAAGAUUAUGUAAGUAGAAAUCAUUGUUUAAUCGAAUUCGAUUAGAAAACAAAAAAUUUUUACUUGAAAGAUACAGGAAGUACUUCUGGAACUUUUGUAUUAUUGAUGCAACCUUCUUUAAUGAGAUUGGGAUUAAUUCUACAUAUGGGAAGCAUGUAAUAUAAAAUAGAAUAGAUGGUUUGUAAUAAUUAAUAAUGUGAUGUUGUAUUAAGAGUGGUUGAAGGGCAAUAAAUAAAUUAAAAGUUUUCAUUUUAGUUAAUAAAGAAUUAGAAUUGCGUUAAAUUUGGUAGAUAGUUAGAUUAAUUUAGAAUGGAUACAGUAAUAAUAAAUAUUAAUAAGAAUAGCAUUUAUCAGGAAUUCAUGCUUAAUUUAGUUACACAAAUGAUGGUUUAAUUUUGGAAGAUAUGGGAAGCAGAAAUGGAGUUUGGGUUAGAUUGAGUGAAUAAAGUUAAUAAAGUGAACGAGUAAAGUUAACAUAGGACAGAUAAUUUAGACUUGGCUAUGAGAAAAUAUUUUUGUGUAAUAUAAAUAAUAUUAAAUGAA